CUGUGAAGCAAAGACUCACACCGCCUUACGCUGUCGGAGAUAUAUAAAUAGACGCGACGCUCCAAGCUCAGUCAAUAUUAACUCCCGCACUUGAGAGCUACUGGUGGCGUUGUGAGCGGUAUGGCUCCCGUAAAUCUUUAUGGUAUCUCUCCGAAUUCGAAAGAAAAAAUGAAACUAAGAAAACCAGUCGUGGAGAAGAUGCGCAGGGAUCGCAUCAACAACAGCAUUGAGCAGCUGAAGCAGUUGCUGGAAAGCGAAUUCAAGGCCGGCCAGCCCAGCUCCAAGCUGGAGAAGGCUGACAUCCUGGAGAUGGCCGUGUGCUACCUGAGGGACCACUUGCACCGCGUGUCGUCCUUCAAGGCGAUCACGCCAAAGCAGGGCUACGCCGAGGGCUUUUCCAAGUGCCUGGAGGAGACGCUGCGCUUCCUAGCCGUGCACGACCCCCUGAAUAAAUCCCAGUUCAAGCUUCUCCGCCACUUCCACAAGGCAGACCGCCAGCUGUGCGGCCGGGACGGGGCCGGUGCAGCGGCCGGUCCCAGCUACCCGCCCGCCAGCGGCGGUUCCAAACGCGCUGCCCCGCGCUCCGCCGAGCGCCUCUGGAGACCCUGGUGACGUCCUCCAGACGGGCGUCUCGGUCCGGGGAUUGUGAAAACGGAGGAUGACGGGGCUUCUUGUGACAGUCUUAAUAAAUCCUCCCUUCGUAGGAAAUAUUAAUUCCCCUUUUAUCUUAUCUGACAAUUGUAGGCAAAAAUUGCCCUUAAUGAUUAUUCUGUAGAGGAUGUCGCAGCGUGAAAUUGUAUUUAAUCUAUUUCAAUAAUGCUGUAAAUUUUUACUUCACUUAAUUUGAAGUUGUUUUUACAUAUUGUAAAACUUUUAUGCUUUAUAAUACUUGGAGCGUGUUUUGUUUUUCUUGAUGGGAAAAGAUUGUUACUCUUAUACGAGCAUCAUAUUAAUAAUAGUGAUUUUUUUUUAAGUCUUAGGUUAAAAAUAACCAAGCUCUUGUCCGGGCUGAACUUUCUUCUGUAUUCAGAAAAUUCUUUAUCUUAGUAAAGAAGCACUAAAUGUAUUAAUUGCUGUUUAUCAUAUUGAUAACACCAGGACUCUGUGUUGUUCUGUGACUCUUUUAUACUAAGCUUAAUAAAAGAAUGAAAAACUA